AUGUCGCAGGCCAAGCGCAGACGAGGCCUCGGGAUCGACGUCGAGGCGGUGUACCGAGGUCUCACACACCUCGUCGAGGCAUCGUUGGAUCGAAAACUCGAGGGCGUGUUGGUUGACAACCGUGUCUACCUCACUUGUGGGCAGCAGACGGCCAAGCUGCUGGACAACGUUGGCAUCGGGCUCGUCGACGGCAGCGCCCUGCCGAAGACGUCCGAUGCGCCUGCGGGCUUGGACGUAGAUCCAGGGUGCGGCAGGCCGGACCUCACGGGGGCCGGUGUCGCGGACGAGGAGCGCGCAGCCUCAGUUCGCGGUGAAAUGCGCCGGGAUGGCAAGCCCGUGCCCAUCGCCCUUUCGCCCGAGGAAGCGUACUUCCUGGCGGGGGUGCUGCGGAUCCUCGACGUCUCCUCCGCGUCACAACAGCCCGCUGGCGACGCGGGUCCCGGGGACGAACAUCCAAGUGGUGCACCACAUCACGCCCAGGACGGAGCCGCGCACACCCGUGAGCGCACGCUCGGGAGCCAGGAGCUGCUGCAGUACUUCGUCCACCGGGACCCGCACUUCUGCCUCCGAAUGGCUGCGUACAGGCACUUCCGCGCGGAGGGGUGGAUCGUGCGGUCCGGGGUGUUGUACGGCGCGGACUUUGUGCUGUACCCGGCGCACCCGCGCAGCAGCCACUCGUCCUACACGGUCAUCGUGCCCCGCCCGGACGAGGCCCUCGAGGGGGGCGCCUGCGCAGCGACGAGCGCCCUGUCGAUACAGAACUGGUCGGCGCUCCAGGCCUCCUCGCGCGUCAGUCAGCAGGUCGGGAAGCGACUGCUGUUGGCCUUCGUGUCACAUCCGAGCCCGCACGGAGACGUGCCGCCGGGCUGCGACCCGCUCCCCGCGGCCGUGGACGGCGAGCGCUUCGUCUCCGAGGCGGCGGUGGACCAAGUCGUGUACCAGCGCUGGAGCGCAAAGAACACUAUAGUGCAGUAG